GGACCUGCGUCCGUCGGCGGGCUAACUUCUUUGGCUUCGUGAGACCCCAGCCAGGACGCCAGUCCCCUCCAGAAUGAAGGUCUUCCUGCCGGUGCUGCUGGCUGCCCUCCUGGGUGUGGAGCGAGCCCACUCCCUGGUGUGCUUCUCUUGCGUGAAUAAGAACAGCAACUGGUACUGCCUGAAGCCCACCGUCUGCUCCGAUACAGACAACUACUGUGUGAGCAUCUCUGCAUCCGCUGUUAUCGGGAACGUGGUGGACUUUGGCUACACCCUGAACAAGGGCUACUCCCCAUUCUGCCCCAUCCCGAGCGUCAAUCUCCGUGUGGCGUCCGUGGACACCCGCUGCUGCCAGAGCUUCCUGUGCAACAUCAGUGCGGCCGACCGUGGGCUGCGGGCCAGCGCCGCUGUGCUGGGCCUCGGGCUCCUGCUCAGCCUGCUGUCGGCCCUGCUACGAUUUGGCCCCUAACCCCCGGGACCCUCUGCCCGGCCCAGACUCCCAAAGCUCAGGAAAGAAGGAAAGCCCAGCUCCUCCCAGACCCAAGAGGAUCUCGAAGCCUCCUCCCCUAGACUCCUCCCCCUGCAGAGCCCACUGUCUAGACCCUGGGUCCCCACAGGCAGGCCUGCCCUCUCCACCCACACACCUGCCGGCUACCCUUACUUCCCGGUCAGCCUUCCAGGGGAACCUGGGAACGGAGCCUGAGGGCCCCAGAGUCAGAACCACGUCCCAGGGACAUGCUGGGAGGGGCACCUGAUCCCAGGCCUGCCCCCGUCCACACCCUGUCCGCCCGCAGGUGCGGAAGACGUGCUGUGUGGAGAGGCGCUGGUCCGUGUGUCCUGCUAGGCACGGGACCUACCCCGAGACAGACUGUCUGGUCAGCACUCCAUUCCAAGAAGAAAAAAGAAAAAACACAGAAAGGAAUAGUUUUGCUCGGAUUAAAAUCAGGACAGCGGAAUACAGCAAACCCCUUUGAGCACAGGCUCCGGACGCGCAGGCUCAGCGGCCAUGGCUCACGGGCUUAGCCGCUCCGCGGCAUGUGGGAUCUUCCCGGACCGGGACACGAACCCGUGUCCCCUGAAUCGGCAGGCGGACUCUCAACCACUGCGCCACCAGGGAAGCCCCUCUUUUCAUUUUUGAUUAAAUUUUUAUCUCAACCCAUAAAUAAAAUAAAGCCCAAAUGA